AUGGGGGUUACUGUGAAGAAGAUGCCCUCUCGGGCAAUACUUUGCGUACACGGUGGCGGGGCCUCGCCUGACAUCUUCCGAUUUCAGCUGGCGACAUUUCGUGCGGCGCUGAAAAACGAAUUCGAGUUCGUGUAUGCCGCCGGCCCACACAAAGCGAUUCCCGGUCCUGAUGUGCUCCCCUUUUUCGCUGGAAUGAAGGAGUUCUAUUCAUGGUUUCGGAGAGAAGCGACAUCAACUGACGAGGAAGUUGAGGUGUUCAAUGUCUCAAUUAAGGCGUCAGUGGAGAAAUGGGAGCGGACAAACCCGCACUCAAAGAUCGUGGGAGUGUUAGGCUUCUCACAAGGCGGUCUGGCAAGUACCAUGUUACUAUGGGAGCAACAGAUGGGACUCCUGCCAUGGCUGCCAAAGUUAGAGUUUGGGGUGUUGAUCUGUUCCGCGUAUAGCGAAGUAGAAGCAGAAUAUAUGCGGGAGAAUUCUAACUUGGGAGGGGAUGCCAUCCAAAAAAUAUCGGUCCCUUCUUUGCAUGUCCAUGGAAGCCAGGACUGUAAUCUUGGGCAAGCGAGGGACACCCUGGCGACACAUUACUCUGCAGAUUCUGCACGAGUUAUAAACUUUGAGGGGGCACAUCAUGUCCCUCAGAAAUGGGAGGACAUUGAGAAAAUGGCGAAUGCAAUCCGUCAAUUUGUCAGCGCAUGA